GGUAAAGACACAAGGGUGUGCGUGUGUGUAUGUGUGCAUGCAAGUGCACGGGCACAGUCAAUUUGAAAAACCGUUGUUAUGCAUUUGCGCAUGCGCUGCAUACGAUAUUUCACACAAUGGGUGUGCGUGUGUGUGUUUGGUGUGUGUGGUUUUCGAAAGCGAAAACAAAUGAGCGAUCGCAUCGAUUUAGUGGCUCGCAGUGCACAACGUUUGAGUAUGCGACUUCUGAGUAUCUGAGGCCAAUAUUAAUUCGGCUCGAGUGCGUUCAAUUCAAUCAAGAAGGCAUUAUGCCUUUAUGGUUGUUGUUGUUGUUGUUGUUAUCAUCGUCAUUUCUGCUGUUGCUUUUGUCACUUGCGCGCUUAGCCUUGGUUAAUAAUGUGCUUGGGCCGAUCGGCUGGCCAAUUGCCUGCACCGCCCGCCUGCUACAGCCGCCACCUCCAUCACUUCCACCAGCAGCUCCACCACCUACCACAUGGCUUCUAGUCUCGCUCGUCUGGCAUUUUAGUAUUGGUUGUUUUGUAUUUUGGUAUUGUCGCCAGCGUUUUGUGACGCAAGUGCACGCAUUUGGUUACGAAUUCGGGCACAUCGCCUCGAGCGCGGUAUAAAAGCCCCAGUUGGACACUGUUCAAAUCAGUUCACAUCCAAUUACGGUAUCUAGAGCAACCCAAGCAAACCUCAAAACAAUGGCAUUCAAAUUCAUCAUUCUCUUCGCCGCCUGCAUCGCCGUGGCCAGCGCCGGUGUCGUUCCCGUUGCCGCACCCCUGGCCGCCGUUGCGCAGGUGGAGGAAUACGAUCCUCAUCCCCAAUACACCUACGGAUAUGACGUCAAGGACGCGAUCUCCGGCGAUUCGAAGACCCAGGUGGAGACCCGUGAUGGUGAUUUGGUCCAGGGCCAGUACUCGCUGAACGACGCCGAUGGCUAUCGUCGCAUUGUGGACUACACAGCCGACUCCAUCAACGGCUUCAAUGCUGUGGUCCGCCGUGAACCUUUGGUCGCCGCUGUGGCCGCUGCUCCCGUCGUGGCUGCCCCAGCGCCAGUUGUGCGUGCCGCUCCCGUCGUUGCUGCCCCAGCACCAGUUGUUCACGCCGCUCCCCUGGCGGCGGCUGCUCCCUUUGCCUAUGCAGCUGCCCCGGCACCAAUUGUGAAGGCCGCAGCUCCUCUGGUCGCCGCAGGUCCAGCCUUCGUCAAGACGCAGUUCGCUUCGCCUCUUAUCUCGUACGCCUAUUAGAUGACCAAAUAGGCGCUGCCCGACCUGAUAAUUGCCGUUAGUUGUUAUUGAAUAAAG